AUGUCCGCACUUGUGGAGGUUAUCGCUAAGAAGGCACUCAAAAACGCUGCCACAAAAAACAUCAACUCAAAGGAUCCGUUUUUCGAAGAUGUCCCCAUCUACGGUCGUGACGGCCGUCCAACCGGCAAGGUCAAGAAGCAGAAGAAGGGCGUCCCCGCCGGCCUCUCUGAGAAGGAUGCCAAGGUCUUGAAGAAGGUGCGCAGACGGGCGUACCGUCUGGACAUGAGCCUGUUCAACUGCUGCGGCAUUCGCUUCGGCUGGAGCAGUGUUGUCGGCUUCAUUCCUGUUAUCGGUGACUUCAUAGACGUCUUCAUGGCCUACAUGGUAGUCCAGGCCUGUCGUGACGUUGACGGCGGCCUGCCGACGGCCAUUCUGUCUCGCAUGUACUUCAACAUCAUUGUUGACUUUGCGGUCGGCCUCGUGCCUUUCGUCGGUGACAUCGCCGAUGCCAUCUUCCGUGCCAACACGCGCAACGCGUGGAUCCUCGAGGAGUACCUCACCCAGAAGGCCGAAGAGGAGUUUAGGCGUGGAAAGAAAAUUCUUAAUUCUGACCUCGCGGAUGGAGACUCUCUUGGCUCUAGCUCUGGACCGAGGACGGCACCCCAAUCAAGUAAGCAGUCCAAGUUGCCGCGGGGCGGCAAUGGUGCUCAGGACUCGUACCUGACCGACCAGGAGAUGGGGGUGCAAUCCCGAGACGAAAGACAAGACAGGCGCUAUCAGGGCAGACAUUAG